GCGCACAGCGCUUCCACUACCUGCGAAUAACGAUCGGGUCGUCGUCUGCUUGGCUGGUCCGCUGUUGCUGUCUGCUUGGGAGAGCUGAAGAGUUGCUGAGUCCCGUUCCCCCUGUCAGUUGGCGAGGAUCGGCCCGGCCGCGCUCGUGAAUCGGCAUUGCACUAGUUGCUGGAACCGCAACCAUGGCCAAGGCUUCUGUUUCAGAUGACUGUAUCGAUAUGGUAACACCCUGGAAUGAAUACCUAAGUGCCAAAUACAAACGGAGUUUUGCUUAUCAUACAGUGCGUAACCGACUGCCUGUUACUGUGACUCAGGUUAUCGACCAUUUAUCUCGAAGCAAAGAGGCCUUAGUACAAACCUACGGUGAGGGAUCACGAGAAGAAAUUAAACAGAUCAUUGGCUAUCUUUCAAAGCUGAAAAAUGAAAUGCAAACAAACAAGCCACUUAUUUCCUUAGAAGCUAAUGAAGUUGAUGCUUCUGAUUGGAACAAUUUUUUAAAUACCACUGAAGAGAGACUAGGUCGACCACUUUUAUGGUUUGCUGAUGUGUGGCUCCAUAUUGAAUGCUAUCUUUACCGAAGGAUCAGAGAAAGUUUUGCGUUGACAAAGCACCUCAACCAAUACGAUCCAUUUCGGCAUCAAAAGGAGGAAGCAUUCACUGGAUCUCUGCAGGCCAUCUCUGUUGUUGGCAGCUACUUGCUUAAGCUAAUUGAGUCUGAUGCUAAAAUUGACACAGAACAAUGUGUUUUGCAGUUUCUCAAACUCUCUCUUUGGGGUAACCGGUGUGAUCUUUCCAUUUCUGGUGGGAAGGACAUAUCUCAAGUUGAAAACCCUCUUGAUAUGAUCUCCACUCUUGAUGAAUUGAUACUUGUCAAUGACCUACAAAAAGUCUGGUCAGCGUUAAAUUCAACUUCGUCUGGACCAAAAAUAAUUGAUAUAAUUUUUGACAACUCUGGCUAUGAGCUGUUCUCAGACUUAUGUCUAGCUCAUCUUUUAGUGAAACUGGGAUUAGCAAAUAAAAUUAGAUUCCAUGGAAAGAGAGUGCCUUGGUUUAUAUCAGAUGUGAUGGAACAUGACUUCCAUUGGCUGAUCCAGGAGAUGGCCAACCAAACAAGAGCACCUUGCUUAUCCAAGCUGUCAACUAUGUGGAAAGACUUCUUAAGUUCUGGUACCUGGACAUACUUAACUGAGUCCUUCUGGACCCUGCCAUAUUCGUAUGAUGCCAUGAAACAGAUUGACCCAGAGUUGUACAACAGUUUUGAAGGAUCAAAGCUGUUGAUUUUCAAAGGUGAUCUCAACUAUCGCAAAUUAGUUGGAGAUGUGUUCUGGCCUCACACUGAAAAAUUUUCUGUUGCUCUGAGAGGGUUUGAACCAGCUCCUCUUGUUACUUUGCGCACAAUUAAGGCUGAUGUGGUAGUUGGUCUGCAGCCUGGACAGGCAGAGAAGGUGGCUCAAAAAGACACAGACUGGCUUGUGACAGGAAAAUAUGCGGUUGUGUCAUGUUUAGUUAAAUAAUCCAGUUGUUUGGAGCUGUUAAGAUCAACCAAUUUUCCUUUAGCUUCCAUUCCUCUUUUAAUCGUUUUUAUAAUGUAGCAUACAAUGUACAGAAAUCUAUUUUAAUUAAAGUCAAACCAUUAAGAAAUACAA